AUGGCAGAGAAACUCCAUUUAUCGAGAGCACUAAAAGGAGUAAUUGUUAUGUUGGAGAAUCAGUGGUUUACCAUUUCUGUAAUUGUACCAACGAUCGGUAUGAAUUCUUUUGAGGCAAGUUCAGCCAUUAUUUCUAACAAAAUCAGAUUGAAGGAUAAUGCUUUAUCAGAAGUGCUAAAAUUGGGUUCGUGGGUAAUUUUACACAAUGCUGGGCAAAACGUUUAUCAGAUUGUACGACAGUGCAAUGAAAUUCUGCCCACAUAUGUUUACAAAGAUCUUGUUCUUCUUAGAACGAAUAUAUGUUUCCAAGAAAAAAAUCAAGAAGGAUAUGGUCGUUGGGUGUGGUCAUCAGAAUUAGGAAGAAUUGCAGCUGUAUGCCAUGAAAGAUAUAAGCCAAAGCAAGAUUAUGCAGCAUUAGUAGCCAGAAAACCAGCGAAGUACCAGUUUAUUGUCGAAUAUAACUGGAUGCUUACAAAAUAUAUUGAAGUAUCUAGUCUCAGUAUGCAGUUUGAUGUCAUUUUUCAAGAAUAUAGAAUUUGUAGUAGGGGAGAAAAUCGUUUCAACAUUCAUUAUAAUAAGAAUGGAGAUAAUUGUGCUAAUAGUGCUAUGGAUGACGAGCAUCUUUUUUUCGAGAAGUUGGAAGAAACAAAGCACAAAAAUUGUACUAGCAACAAUAUUUACGAUGUUAUAAGGAAAGUGGUGUCGAAUCCAAACAUUAGAAUAACUAUGAAGAAUUAUCGGCCUAAGGAACUACUCAGUAUAUGUGAAUCCCUUAAUUUAAAGUUCAAUGAUUAA